CAUGCGCGCAGCCCGCAUUCCAUCAUGGCGGAGCCGUCUGACUGGGUCUCCUGCGACGCGUCGCAGCGCCGAGCCUGAGGCGGCGGCUGAGGCUUCCCCCGCGCUUCCCGCCGCCCUCAGCGCCCCCUCGCACGAAAUUACAGUCAAGCCUGGAACCAGUCCUAGUUGCCUGCUGCCUAGAAAUCUGAUGCUUGCAGCUAAGAAUAUCUCCCUCAGGGGACCUGUUCAGUACUGCAUGGUCCUAGGGGCAGUGGAUGGAGGUGUAGGACAACUGUUUCCCAGCAGUGGAGCCGUGGCUGUGGAGCUCCCUCCUUAGGGCAGUUCUGCUGUCUCUCUGGCCUGCAGGUGUCAAGCAAAGACUGUCUUGUUUCAUUUGUUUUUUGAGGUAGCUGAUGCAAGAGAAACUGUUGACGAAUGGUCAUUUCAGCUAUGAUGGCAGACCAGCCACCUCCAUUAGAAGCCACACCGAUUUUGAAUGAAGUGCCACUUCUACCUCAUAUGGUCAAUGGGGACACCACGCAACAGGUUAUUCUUGUACAAGUAAACCCAGGAGAGACUUUCACAAUCAGAACUGAAGAUGGACACAUUCAGUGUAUACAAGGUCCAGCACAUGUUCCAAUGAUGUCACCAAAUGGUUCUGUGCCUCCAAUAUUUGUGCCUCCUGGCUAUGUGUCUCAGGUGGUGGAAGAAAACGGAGUUCGGAAAGUUGUAGUCAUGCCGCAUUCUACUGAAUUCCACCCCUCCAUGCAUCCCCCUCCUCCGCAUGUGCCCCAUUACAUGCACCCUCACCCCGCUUUGCUUCCCCAUCCGCCUCAUCCAGUGUACCCUCCAGUUCCGGGGACAGGAGAAAUGCCGCCACAGUUCAUUCAUCAGCAUCCUCCGCCACCCUCUCCACAUGUUUAUCAAGAGCAAGAGUCCCGUUCCCACGGAAGAACGAAUUUUGUUCAGCGAGAUGAAAGGACUCUCAAAAUGCAAGAGCAUUUGAAGAAGAGACUAAAAGACCGGCAAGCCAGUGGAAAUACAAAUAACAAAAUGAACAGCCCUCCUUCAUCACCUCAUAAAGUUCAAAAUUCUUCUACCACCAAUGUACAGAACGGAUAUGGAAAGGGACAGCAAGGAGCAGUAGGGCAAAUAAAGCAGAAGCAAAUAGGAAAGACCAGGGGAAGCCCAACAGCUGAUACAGAAAUUGGAGAGUCUGACACAGAAUCCAGAAAGUCACAAGAAUUCUUUAGCAUCAGUAAGCCUAUAGUUUCUGAAAUACAAGCGAGGUCGGCAGUCCUAUCCUGGAAUCCUCCAGUUGCAUCACAAAAUGGAGAAACGCAGAACGUCACAACAGCAACAUUCACAUUCGAAGUGACAAUCUCUAACAGUGGUAAAAACGGAAAAUUUAAAUCAAUUUACGUUGGAGAAGAGAUGACUAUUACUGUUCCUGAUCUCAGACCAGCAACGGACUACUAUGUUAGAGUUUCCGCCUCAAGUAGCUCCACAAAGGAAAUUGUUUCAGAACUGGCGAGUUUUACUACAGAGAGCUGCGAACCAGACCCUCCAGCUGCACCGAAAAUAGUCAACAGAACCAAAAACAGCCUGAAUUUACAAUGGAAGUCCUCAAAUGAUAACGGCUCCAAGAUAACUAACUACCUUUUAGAAUGGGAUGAGGGAAAGAAUGGAGCGUUCAAGGAAUGCUACUAUGGCCAUCUAAAGCAGCACAAGCUAACAAAGCUGACUCCUUCUACAAAAUACACAUUCAGGCUGGCAGCUAAAAAUGAUAUUGGAAUGAGUGGGUUCAGUGAGACAUUGGUAUGUUACACCAUAGGAAUUGUUCCCCCACCGCCUCUGCCCCCUCGGCUUAUUGAAGGAGGAGUGUCUUGCUUAUCGCUAGAAUGGAGUCCUCCAAGUGGAAUAUCUUCGGAUGACUCUCUGACCUACACUUUAGAAAUGGAGGAGGAAGGUUCUGAUUAUGGUUUUCAAGCAGGGUACAAUGGAGAUGAACUUUCUUGCACUUUAAAAGACCUUAGGAGGAGUACUUCCUAUAAAUUCAGGGUUUUUGCCCACAACACUGAAGGAAAAAGCGGUCCUAGUGAGGUGGUGGAAUACAGCACAAGCCCUGACAAACCUGGACCUCCAAGUAAACCAUCUGUAAAGGGAAAGAUCCAUUCUCAUAAUGUGAAAGUCACCUGGGAUCCACCGAAGGACACUGGAGGAUCAGACAUCUCUAAGUAUGUUCUAGAAAUUUCAGAAACCUCACCUGAGAGAGACGGCAAUUCAUAUUUGAUUUUUCUCUUAGGGAGUAAAUGGGAAACAGUAUAUAGUGGUUCCACGAGAGAACAUGUCUGUGCUCCUCUCAAGCCAGGUACAUCCUACUGGCUAAAGGUCUCCUGCAUUGGUAAAGGUGGCCAAAGUCAGGCAUCUGAUGUACUAACUGUUCAAACAUUAGCAGUUCCUCCUGGGCCGUGCCAGUCUCUACAUCUGGCUGGCAAAGCCAAGCCUAGGGAAAUUGCUCUUCAGUGGGAUCCCCCUUCCACAGAUGGGGGCUCAGAAGUAACGGAAUACGUUGUGGAAAUGGCAAACUGUGACCAAGAUGAGCGUAGGCAAAGCUACCGUGGCCAGGCGCUAGAAUGCACGGUGAAUGGCCUUCUUCCUGGGAGAACAUACUGCUUCUGGAUACGAGCAGCCAACAAAGCUGGGCUGGGCCCUUACUCAGAAAAAACAGAGAUUACUACUGCUCCAGGCCCCCCUGAUCUGUGCUGUCCCCCCCAUCUAACUUGUAAGACAGCGACUUGCGUAGUAGCCUCGUGGGAGAGUCCAAUGUGUAAUGGUGCAGAAGUUAGUGAAUAUAGACUGGAGUGGGGCCAGGUGGAAGGAUCAAUGCAUAUCAUAUACUCAGGCCCUCUUCUGAGCUACGAAGUGAAAGGACUUACACCUGCAACUACGUAUUAUUGCAGAGUACAGGCUGUGAAUAUCGCUGGAGCUGGUUUGUUUGGGGAGAUUGCUAUGGUCACCACGCCAGCUUCAGUGCCGGCAGCAGUGACGGUAUUGCACUUACUCAAAGAAGACCAGAUGGAAGCCCCUCUGCCUCUCUCCACGUGCCUUGUUCUUCACUGGGAAGAGCCCUGUUGCCAUGGCUCAGAGAUCACUGGCUACAAUAUUGAGUAUGGGGAGAAGCAGCUCUUAACAGUCAGCCGAGUUACAAGCCAUGUUCUGGAGAACUUGCAACCAGACACUUUAUACAGGAUCCGAGUUCAGGCCUUCAACAGUCUUGGAGCUGGUCCCUUCAGCCCUUCCAUCAAAGCGAAAACGAAGCCUUUACCUCCGGAUCCCCCACACCUGGAAUGUGUUGUCUUCAGUUACCAGAGCCUUAAACUGAAAUGGGGCGAAGGUCCUAGCAGAGCUUUAAUUGCCAAUCCCACCCAGUUCAACCUACAGAUGGAGGACAGGUUUGGCAGGUUCUCCACUGUCUACAGCGGACCUUGUCACACGUACAAAGUGCAGCGACUCAGCGAAUCCACCACAUACUACUUUAAAAUCCAAGCAUGCAACGAUGCUGGUGACGGAGAGUUUUCUGAAGUUUACGCGUUCACCACAACCAAAUCUCCGCCAGCUGCUCUGAAAGCACCCAAAGUACAUCUGCUAGGAGACAACAUCUGUGAGGUCACAUGGGAACCUUUGCAGCCAAUGAAAGGAGAUUCCAUUGUUUACAUUUUACAACUUGCCUAUGGGAGGGAAGUUGAUCAGGUAUACAAGGGACCAGAAACUUCAUUCUGCUUUACCAACAUGCAGACAAACUGUGAAUAUCGAUUCAGGGUGUGUGCUGGACGCCAGUACCAUGAUUCAACUGGAUCACAAGAACUGUAUGGACCAUACAGUCCUAGUACAGCGUUCUCAUCUCAGAAACAGGAGUCCGUCUCCCCAUGCCUAGACACCAGCCCAGACCUCACCAAGAGCAGGAGAAGGGCCCUCAGCGACGAACAGUUUGCAUUUCUGCUUCUCAUUGGGUUUGCAACAGUUGCCAUUUUGUUUGCUGUUAUCAUUCAAUACUUUGUGAUCAAGUAGGGCAACUGGAAAAUUGACAUAAUUGCUCAGCUUAUUAUUUUCAUAUGGAAGUUUAUGCCUUUGGUAUUUAUGUAAAUUCCAAUUAAAAUGCUAGCUGGGAAUGAUUCUAUAAGAGACGCGUUUCCAUUUUUGCUGGUGAAUAAACAGCGAGGCUGGGUAGGUAGAACCCCCGUCUCCUCCUCUGCCCCCUUGUCACCCCAUAAAACCAAGAGAAGAAAAUCCCUAUUGUAGCACAAUUGUGCAUCUUGUAAUCAGGGUUAGCUGUUUAAAACAGCAACAACAAAAAACGCUGCCUUAACAUGCACUUGUGAUUCUCAGAAAGCUGGACUUCAUUCUUGCUGCAAGAUCUUUUAUUUUUCAAGUAUAGCAAAGCAGGACAGUGGGGAGGGGGUGUCGGCCCAGGUCUUGGCAUUUGAGAGAUGCCAGCAGCAAAGAUGCUUACGCUUAGGACAGUACUGUAAUACAGAACAUUGCUAGAGUAUACCACAUUUAAUAUACUGUAGACAGGGAGGCAGGCGGGGGGAAGCAACCAAGAUAUUAUCAACUUCAAAUUUAUCAAUACUUCUACUUUUUAUUUUCCUGUUUGAAAUGGUUGGGCGCCCAGUAGUUAACUUUCACUUCAAGAGCUGAGGGUUGUAAGGUGUCGACAUUUUUAGAAUUUGUAUCCAUAAGUGCCGGCUGACCUGCAGACAAAGGGGUUGCAUUGGUCUGCCCCACGGUGAAACGCCCCCCCCCCCCCCCGUUCUGUACUGUACAUUUCUGAAUGGAAUGCUUUUCUGUUGUUGGCAAGCAACUAUCGGCCCAACCCAGAGUUCACUCUCAGUGCCUGAGAGGACAGUAAUGCCCUGUGCUUCGGAACUGAACUGCCGCAGCGUUUCGCAGAGGAAAAGCACAGGAUUUUUUUGUCUUUAAUGAGAACAAAAAGUGCAUUUAUGAUAAAUGUUACACUAUUUGGCUCAAACUGAGCAAAAUGUUUUUGUACUAUUCUUAACAUAAAAUUUAAGGAAAAAAACCAGUCUGGUUUUUUUUUGUUUGUUGCUUUUGGAUGCCCUUCUAAUGUAAUCCAAAUGAUCGAGCUGCAUGUGAAAAUGCAUUUUUUAAAAAGGUAACAAUCCAAUGUUUUAAAGAAAAUUGCUGCCUCUCUGGUAAGCAGUUUCAUAUUCCAUUGUUUGUUUUUCAUGGUCUUCUGUUCUGAGAUGGAAUUCUUCACCAAUUGGUCUGGCUUUGAGUGGAACACCUUUUUAAAACGAAAAAAAGUAUGCCCUGCACUACAUAGGACUGUUCUUUGUCAAACCUCCAUACAGUAGUUACCUGUGAAGUAAACAGCUGUGUUGUCUUUCCAUUUGCUCCCUUUUGAAAGCUGAGAACUACCUGUUUUGUUUUAGAAUGCAUCUUCAAAAAGGAAAAUAAUCCUCUAGCUCAAAGGCCAUUAGUAUUUUGUUAGGUUUUGCAAACUAAUAGGGACUGGACAGCUAUACUUUCUCAAACAUCAGAGCGCCUUGCACUCGUCUGUGGGACGGUGGAUGUAACGUGUAACUCAUUGUAGCUUGCGACUUCUCUGUUCCAGGUAGCAGAACAUCAUUAAAGUGUUUCUCCACUGGCUGUUAGUUCAUAAUGGUAGCUUAAGGUCUGUGACAUUGUGAUCGCAUUUCACAUGUGGGAAAAAGAAAACAAAUGAUGACAUCGUAUCACUUAAUAUCUUCAAAAAGUAGAUUUAUGGUGCAAUCUGAAAUUAACCUUUUUCAAAAAUGUACUCCUUUUUGUGAUCUAUUUAUUUUGAUUUUUUAAAAAUUCUGGAAAAAUGUAUGUUUGAAUGUAUUGUCUAUGUGUAGCAGAACUUUAAGUUAAUCAUUUAUUGUAAUGGAAGCCUCUCCAGUGUUGAAAAAGUUUUAUACGAAUAUUCGUGUCUUUAGUUUGCAGAAACGUUUACAAUCUGUUUCCUUUCAUAUUUCACUUUUUUAUAAAACAAAUGAUUCUUUCCGGUAGAUUUCUGUUGCCAAAGGAUAUUUCUUUUCCUUUCUUCCUUUUUUUUUUUCUUUUUCGCUAAACUCUUCAGACAAAAGAUUGGGGAGGGGAAAUCACAAGUAAUUGGCAAUAGUAUGUCAGAUGCAUUUUUUAAAAAACAUAGGUUUUUCUGAAUAAAUACUAACCAAAAUUAUGACUUCCUAGAAAGUUAAAAGUUAAAUUUGUACAUUGCCACAAAACAUUUAUAUUUCCAGACAGCUUACUGGAAAGCAUAAUGUAAUGUAGAAUUUUAUAUUUACAACUAUACAUUCCAGAUUGAUGUACUCUAGUGGCAUUAAUGUAUUAGAUCUCCUUUUCUCUGUAUUGUAAUUUUUUGCUGUAUUUCAUACUUAUGUUAAACCUGCCAGGCAUCGUAUUACUAAAUUGUAACUAUCAAAUAGAUAAUAUAUUUAAUAUGGCCAAUAAAAAUACAAACUUGUUCACA